AGCAUAUAGUACGCGUGGUCAAGUUUUAGCUCAUGAAUAGCUCCGGCUGCACUCCUAAAGUUCUGGAACGCCACCCUCGCAGCCAAGCCAAGCCAAGGCUUCUUAUUUCCUGAUUCUCCUGCUUUCGUCUUGUCAUCAUCUAUUACUAUUUCCCCUUCGUUUUGCCGUCUAGUUUGUUCGUUGUGCUUGUGUGUUAGCACCAAAUGGCGUCAAAAAGUUGUAUGGCCAGAUGAAGAAGAAAUGACUGUCUUUGAAUUUCUUGCUGUUAUGCCCCAUAUUAUUGACAAUCCCUCUCACAACAAUCAAAGGACAACAUGAAGAUGUGUAUAUACAGUAUUGUAUACUAAGUAGCCUGGAGUAUUGUCACUGGAGUAGUCCUGGUCCUGCAGAUGGGGGAGGGAGAUUGCUUGCCGCAACUGUGAAAAUACCGUGGAGCAAGAACGAAUCUUCUGCUUUGCCGUGCUAGGUCUCACACACACGCCACCGCUCGUCGAGAGCUAGGGCUAGGGGCGGUCUAAGUAGGUAGAAGACUCCGAAUUUUUGGCAAGAAAGACCGAAAAGAGAUUCGGACUUCUACGUGCAUCGGCAUCGGGACUCACGAUAUGGACCUCCUGGACGACCUCUAUGGUCGCGCAGGUGCGACCGGUGGCGCCGCGGCUGCUGAUCACGAUGACUACAACCCAUAUUUAGACCACAACGAUAACCCCUAUGCGGGGGGUGGAGCCGCAGCUGCCCUGCCACGAUACGACGAGAACCCGCUUCCGGCCUCAAAUCCAUACCAGCAGCAAGGAGACGCGCUCGACGCAAAUUAUGGCUCCACGGCGCUACCGGAUUACAUGACCGGUGACGGUCACGCUGGCGGACACCACCCGGGCCAGGAUACAGCCCCUGGCCACCAUCUGGCCAACGACAACGUGCUCGAAGCCAUCCAGAGUCACCGCAUCACCUCUUCUGCUUCCUCGCCCAGCGCCGCCGCCGCGGCGGCUCGGCCACCACCGGCAGCCAAUUCCAUAGAGGAAACGCCGAUUCAGCCGCGGGCGCCGGCCGCAAUCACGAUUCCGUUCACAUCGAACACGAACAGCGGUUAUGGAGGUAGCUCCUCGUCAACGGCGAACCUAAACCCUAAACCCAACGCGGACUCGACGAAGUCGUCCAGCGGGCCGAGCAGCAGCACCGCCACCAGCGGUAAAAACGUGGUGAAGCGACCGUUUUUAAAGAGAGGCGCACGAAACCCUGUGAGCACCGAGAAGGAUUUUUUGUCAAAAGCCUCCACCCAGCGCGAAGAAAAGACGCCCGGCAAGCAGCGUCCGCCCGCAGCGAACGUCACGCCCGUGCGCUCGGCGCCCAAUGAUGGCACGCGAGACAGCAGUCGUCGAAGCAACGCCGUCGCGUCGGAUCGCGAUUUAUUUGAAACCGCUUCAACUUCGCGAGACGCCGACGCUGGUGGGGGAGGUCCUUCCACAACUGGAAGUGUCGGAACUAGGAACCGCUCGAGUGGUUCGAACGCAAAUGCAACACUGUCGGGUAAGAAGUCAAAUUGUUUGCAUUGCAUCGGUUCGUUGUUUGAGGACGUGGCACUAGUGAUGAGAUGUAAGUAGUGCCAUGAUCAUGAAGAAGAUGACUGCAAUUUCAAUGAUGCAAACCGACAGCCCCACGAGAGACCGCAAAAACGCUAGCGAGCAAAAAGUUUUUUGCCGAGCGGUACGGAAACAACAAGAAGCCGCAGCCCGGGGGCCUGAAGCUGGAUUCGGCGGAGCUAGGAGGCGAGUCGUCGUCGGCCAGCGAAGGGGGAAACCAAUACUCCUCAAUUCGAAUCGUCGACCGUGAGGCCCAUGCUUCCGAACUUCCGGAUCCGGUUCAGCUCUUUUUUGGACGACAUCUUGUCCUUUGUAUAGUACUUAUACUUACAACGGAUCAUGGCAUGACGUCACAGAAUAGAAAGUGCGAAUUCUCAUAAAUAUGAGUGACAAGAAAAUUAAGAUUAUGGACAAGUGCGAGCAAUUACAAUGUCGGCAGAUAAAGCCACUGCGAGCAAUUGAUUGACAAUCAUCUAAAAGUAGCAUAAUACCCAACAGGCUCAGAGUGACCUUCCUUCGGUGGAAGAGCAGGACGGCGAGUUCGAUGCCGAGGAAGAUCUUCGAGGCGAUUUUGACGAAGAUGACGAACCGCCCGUGUCCUCAUUUGUGAAAAAGCACUUCUACAGCAAAAACAAACCCCCAGGGGCGCAUCAAAAGCCGAGUGGCAAGGGCGCGGCGACAUCUGCUUCUUCAACCUCGGGAGUAUACUCGAAUGCCGCGACCCUUUCUGGAGCUGCCCUGGGCGUUUCCGCGUCUUCUGUCUCACCGGGGGCAGACCACGGCUUCGAAGACCACGUAGUCAACUACGUGGUCGAGAAGAAGCAAGGCGGCGCUGCCGGUAGUGCGCUGGCGGCCGCCGCUGCGUUCGAGAAUGAAGUCAACGCCUCCUCCGCCGCGGCCGACACGCAAACGCGGGAGGACUUAGCGCGUAAGCUGAAGAUGCUGGACGCGCAGAUCGAUCGGUAACAAGAAAUGACAAACCGUACAUAAUUAUCGAUCUCGCUAUGAACAUCAAUAUGAAAGUUCCUUAAAGAUGAGGCAGGAGAUGAUGGCUGCGACAAGCUGAGAGCUCUUAUUGGGUGCAUGAUUUGGUAAAUUUCAGGUUCAAGCGCGAGAACGAGCAAUGCAAGAAGCUGCGAAUGGACCGGGAGCACGCGCUCAGGCAGGUUGAGCACGAGCGCAAGAAGCUUCGCGAAGAGGUCGAGCAAGAGUAUGGCCUUCUCAGUUUUUCACAUCACUCAAAAGCUACACUUUUCCGCUCGUGUAAUUCAUUGUCAUGCAUACGCAGUACCAGUACGACCUCCAAGGGGAGCAAACUGUGAGCAAACCCAAAGCCGCGAAUGACAGACGUACAGCAACAGCUGCCCAGGGGAACGCUUGCGCUUGCAUCUAUUAAUUUAGCAAGAGUUCGUCCAGGGAGACACAGCGCCACGAUGCUCAACAUUCGCUUUCACGCCUUGCUUCCUUUGCAGGAUAUACAAAAAAAGUUUGGCAGUACUUGGGGCGUGUGACGGCUCGGAAGGUCAUAAAGAGCGCGCUGCCAUGGUGGCAGAAAUUGAUGAAGAACGAGAAAAGAUGCGCAAGGAAAGGAAUCGCAUCCAUCAGGAAAGUACGCAUCGCAAAAGUUGUGUCACAAGAAGAACAACACGAACACCAGCGAGCGCUGCAUGUUGAGGACAAGAACUUUCCAUAAGUUCUAGGGUACGCACUACACAACCAAGACCAUGUUCUCUAUCGGGAACGAAAUCGACAUAUUGAAUUCCGAACCAUAAAUGUUAAUUGUAGGUGAGCAUAGAGAACAAGUACAAGAAUUCCAGGAUCCCGCGUCUCGUGUGUACAUCGUGAAAUUAAAGUGAAAUUCUUGCGCAACACUUUUUCACUGGAUAAGGAGGGAGAAGCACCGACAGCAGGUCCAAAGCAGCAAAGCGGAUGUGGCAACCAACGAGCAACUGACGAAACAAUAUGGAGAGUCAGUUAUGAGGGUUCUUUCAUCACAGAAGACACACCAAAGCGCUCAAAGGAUUUGGAGUUCUUUAGACGAAAAAGGAAAAGAAAAAACGUGUACGCAAAGGAGCGACUGGCUUCAUCUCUCUGUCUCUUUCAAGAAAACUCUGCAGCAGGCAGUGCGUAUUUCUUCUGUUUUGAAAAAAUCUUGCUUGCACCUCGCAUAUGCAACUCAAGGACCUGAAAGAGGAAACAUCGCAGAAAGAAGCAAGGUAGAUGUGGUUACUCGGCAGCGACACCUCAUGUGUGGCUGUUGCUUGUGAUUCUCUUUUUCCGAUGGAAUCAUGCUGCUGUAUAUGUAUUGACAAGAGGAUGAUCAUAGUGAUUUUCAGGGAACCAGCAUGACGCAGCGACAAUUGGUAGUGUGCAACUUCUUUGAUAAGUAAAUUAUUUGUCUUCUUGAAGUCAAUCUUCCCUCUUAGGUUCCGCCGCACAAUUGAGCGACUCCAGCGACAAAACGACGAACUUCUGAAGAAGAAUUCCGAGCUUCAGGAUGACUUGAGCUGGAUGAAUCGGCAAGCGGAAAAAUACGCCGCCAACGCUGGUGGUGGAGGCAGCUCUCCUCCCGAGCGAACUGUACAGUUUGACUUGAUCAUCGUAAUUGAGAUCUUUUCAAGAUGAAAAUAAACACAAUUCGAUUUUCGUGAUACAGAUAUCCCAAAGCAAAGAAAGCAAAAAAGGCCUCGACAAUCUAUGUUCCAAUCAUUCAAAGGUCACGCCUGCGUCCGCUGGAGCGCCAGCAGCCGCGUCCGCGGCCACUGUAGCGCAAAACAGCCCAGCCUUGAGUUCUACCGCUGGUCACAUGCCUGUUUCGCUGGACCACCAGUCUCACCACGGAGGGACCCCGCAACUCGUGCCAAGCAGCGCGAACAGUACCCCAAUGCAUCACCAGCCGGCGCUCACUGCGUCGGCGCAGCACCAGCAGCACAGAACGCUGUCCGCCAACGCGCUGACCCGCCCGGCGCCGCUGCUGGGCUCCAGCGGUAUUUUCCAGCCCGGGAUGCGAACCAGCGGCACGAGCGGGCUGGUGCAGCACCAACCAAGCGCAGGACCCGCGAGUGGUGCGGUGGGCAGUCUCGGCCUCAGUGUUGGCUUAAACUCCUCCUCUACCGCCGCGCUUUUGAAUCCCAGUGCCGGGGUCAUGCAGAUUGGUGGACCAGCAUCUACAAAAGUGGGCGCGACCAUGACAAGUUCCUCGGCGGCCACGUCGGGCUCUUUUCACAUGCUGAACACCCGCGCAAAUCAUGCAGUAGCGACGGCUUCUUCAAACUUCGCUCCGCUUCCGUCAAACGGGACGACGCCUUCUGCAUCGAAGACACUGAGCGCGGGCCUGAAGCCAACGGCGGCGGGAGCAAAUGCCGGGGAGAUGGGCAUAAGUCAGGACCUAGCUACAGAAAUCCUGAAAUCGCUACCGGUAAUCGACGAUAACGUGAAAGAUCCCCACGAAAUACCCACCGAAAAGAUAUCUCCAGACGGCCGCGUUGAGCGUAUGUUCCGAGACGGGCGGCGGGAAAUUCAGUAUUGUUAGUUUCUGAUGAAAAUGAAAUUUGAAAUUAUUUUUGGGAUUCAGAUAGGCAUAGGAGAAGGAGGACCACAAAAUUUACAUCUUCUGCUUUGGUUUACGCUGAUGUCAGUUGUUUUUUUUUGUGAAUCAUGUUCAUGUUCAUGAUCAUGUCCCGCCUGCGCACGAGCACGACACCGCUGUGAGGGCCAUCCAUUUGAAGAAAUAUACACAGGUUCACGAACGGGCUGAAGAAGGUUUUGUGGCCCGACGCGCGGUGCACUGUUCUAUUCACGAACGGGGACACGAAGCAUUGUCUCGCAGACGGUACCGUGAUUUACCGGUACUCCGAGACCGCCGCAACGCAAACCACCUUUUCCACCGGCAUCGAAGUCUUUCAAUUCGCCUCCGGGCAAAUCGAGAGGCACUUUCCCACCGGGGAGAAAGAAAUCAAGUUCGCAAACGGCACGACGAAAAAAAUAUACGCCGACCUGCGCGAAGAAAUCCGCUUCCCCGACGGAGUGGUGAAACACGUUGCGCCGAAGAAGUAG